AUGGGUCAAUUAAUGCGGGCCGAAAAGCUUAUCAAAAAAAUGCUUAAUCGUACGGAAUUACAAGGUGUUAUACUAGAUUGGGAUGAAACCAUUACAGAUAGAGAUUCGUUGGAUCUGAUAUUCCGAAUAGCGUUCAGAGUUAAACCCGAAUUCCCGUACAAAUUGAACCAUUUCGUUGGGAUCUACAAGGAUAGGUUUAGGGACUAUGUCGACCAUGAGGUGAAAGGGUCUGAAUGUGAGGCGAGAGACACCGUCAAGAAGGAGAUCCAGUACCAACGGGGAAUGAAACCUGUGGAACUCUCCAGUGUUUAUGAGGCAAGGAGGUUAGGGUUGUUCAAAGGGAUAAGCAGGGAGAAAUUUGUAAAUUAUGAACAGACAUUGGGUCAGAAUUCAGAUCAGCUUUUACCUUUGAAGCCAGGGGUGGUUGAAUUUCUGAAAAUGCUAUACAGGAAGGUCCCAAUUACGAUACUAAGCGUCAAUUGGACUUCACUCAUGAUGAAGCAACGGUUGAAAGAGUUUGGUUUUGAAGAAGACAAAGAGUGGUUGCAUUUUCUAGUUAACGAGUUGGUUUUCGACGAACAUGGUAUGUCCACCGGGAAUAACACUGGAGAAGAGGAGGAUAUUCGAACGGGAUACGAUAAAAUGAUGAAAACUCGUCAAAUUGUCAAAGAUUGCCCAAAUGGGAAACAUUUCGUAUACUUUGGAGAUAGUUCCACUGAUGUUUUAGCCAUGAUAGAGACUGGCAAAGCUGUAGCGCUUGGCACUGGGGCAAGAGAUCAAUUGAAAAGGAUGGGUUUCAAGGUUGAAGGUCCAGAGGAAGAAAAAAACAUGCACGAUCUGUCCGAAGAAGCAGCGUACAUUUUUGCCAAAGAUUUCACUAUAGUGGCGUCAUAA